AUGAAGUGUAGCGCUAAUUUAUGCUUCAAUAACACAGGCUCAUCAAGUCACAGUUCUCCAUCUCUGUCUCUGACCAAUGCCAACACCGUGACUCACAGAAAGCGGAGUAACAGUGAGGGGUGUGGCCAUGAUUUGACUCUAUGGAAAAGCUGGUCUUUGAUUGGCUAUUCCUCAGGAACAAGCCCCACCUCCAAUUCGGCUGAUUCUUCUUUCUCUCGUAUAUCUUCUGACUACACUGCUGAAUCCUGGAGUGCUGCUGUGGACUCUGAAUUCAGCAGAACACUGGAUAAAGAGGUGGUCAAGAGGCAGGAAAUCAUCUACGAGCUGAUGCAGACAGAAUUUCACCAUGUCCAGACUCUCUCUGUUAUGGCUGAUGUUUUGAGACGGGGAAUGUUGGAGGAAGUGCAGCUGGAACAGGAUGUGAUUGGUCAGAUUUUCCCUAGACUGGAUGAGCUCAUGACUCUUCACAAAAACUUUCUCAUUGCCAUGGAAACCAGACAGUUGGCUUCUAGACUCCCAGGAAAGCACAUAAACUUCAUCAUUCGACGAAUUGGAGAUAUUCUGUUACAGCAGUUCUCAGGUCCACAUGCCUCUCAGAUGAUCGAGUUGUAUGGUGAUUUCUGUGGUCGGCAUCCAGAGGCACUGAAGACUUAUAAACAACUGCUGCAGAGUAACAGGAAACUACAAUUAUUCCUCAGACAGCAGAGUACCAAUUCAGUCAUCAAACGUCGAGAAAUCCCAGAAUUCCUUUUGCUUGUCACACAGAGGAUCACAAAGUACCCUGUUCUGUUAGAAAGACUCCUUCAACACACAGAAGAUGACAGUGCUGAGCGGUAUGACAUUGCGGUGGCACUAGAGGGCUUGAGGGCGGUUUUAGAGGAGGUCGAGCGGCGUGUAGGUGAAUACGAGCGUGCUAAUAAACUACAGGACAUCAUUACUCGUCUAGACAACAAGAGCUUUACUCGACUGAAGAAUGGAGAGAUUUUCAGCAAACAAGACCUGCAGAAAGAACAACGAACUCUCACACAUGCAUCAGCGCUGGCGUGUAGGACCACCUCAGGCAGAUUGAAAGAAGUUCUUGCCUUGCUCCUCACAGAUGUUCUGGCUUUUCUUCAGGAGAAAGAACAGAAGUUAAUCUUUGCCGCAUUGGAGCAGAAGCCGUCUGUGAUGCCCUUAAAGAGACUCAUUGUGAGAGAGAUAGCCAAUCAGGAGAGAGGAUUAUUUCUGAUCAGUAGUGAGUGCUCUGGAGGACCGGAGAUGUACGAGAUACACACUUGCUCUCGUGAGGAACGUAAUACUUGGAUGACACUGUUGAGACAGGCUUCUGAAAGCCUUCCUGAUGAUCACAUCAAGAAGAUCGAGGGGGAGAUCAAAGUCAAGAAAAUACAGAAAUUGCAAGAGGCGCUGUUCUCUUUGGACAUGCAGGUGUGCUCUGUUAUUGAGGAAAAGUUGAGGAUCUGUAGAGGAACUGGUAGAUGGAGUCUGGCUACCUGUUGCCUGCUAGUUCAACCCCACCCAGACAACACCCCUCAAGGCAUAACAUUGCUGUGUGAUGCACAGGAAGAGGUGGUGCAGCUGGCUAUCACUAUAUUGUCUUGGCUCUUCCCUUUCAUGUGGUCACCACGUAACCACGACAACUGUGGCCAGGACAGAGUGACCAGUAAUGAACAAAGUGUGCCGGGUAGGAGCAGGAGAUGUGCUCUGGUAGGAACAGGGAUGGGGCCUCUCACAAUAGCCCCAAUAAGCCCCUCCCAGCAGAUUUAUUUAAAGGUAGCAGAGAGUGUUCACAACUUAAUCCAUAUACUGUACAGUCUGCAGGCUGCUAUAGUGAUACAAGACAGUUGCUUUGAAGUGCAAAAACACCUCCUCCUGGAGGGGGAAGCUUCGUCCUUAACUCCUGCCAGUGAUUAUGAUGUUAAAAAGAAUUUGGACACAGGUGGCACAGUCAGCGGGACCAUGGCAGUGCGGCAGAAAGAACUGGACCAGAGAGAAAGAGAGCACACUGAACUUAAGGACAGACUGAUGAAAGAGAGAGAGCAGUUUGAGGAAGAAUUGAAGAAGUUUGAGGAGAUGCUCAGGCAGCUGAAAGAGGAGGAGAAGAGAGUGGAGGUAGAGAGGGAGAGAUUAAGGGAAGAGGGGAAGAAAGUGGUGAGAGAGAGAAAGAGUCUGGAGACACAGCUAAGACUCAUUCAGCACAAUUCAAACAACAGUCAGAAGAGUCUGUCUUUUACCAUAUCACUGUAGAAAUGAAACGACUGUGUGUGUGUGUGUCUGUGUGCGUGUUUGUG